AUGUUUGAGAAUAUUAUUCUCAUUGUUGAUUUUUUAAAAAAUAUUCUGUUUUCUAAAUAAUAAAUUACAUAAGAAAACAUGUAAUUGAUAGAAUAAUAAUGGAAGAUAAUAUUUUAAAAUCAAAUUUAAUUUUUUACAGAAAUAAAAAUGAAUUUUGAACGAUUUAAUAUUUAAAUAAAUUUAUUCCCAUUUUAAUUUUUUCAAAACUUUUAUAGAUUUACAUCUAUAUAUUCAAAAUACAUUCAAUUGUUAACAAAAAACAUGGAAGCUCUUAAAAAUAAGCUUAUGAAAAAUACAAAAAAAUCAUAAUCUGAAUUAAAAAAAUCUAUUAUUAAUAUUCAUAAGUAAAUAUAAAAAGAUUUAGAACAUUAUUGUUUGGUUGUAAACGAAUUUUUAACAAAAGGAAUUUAAUAAGUAGAAGUUUAUAUAUAGAAUUCAUUAGAAUUUUUUAAUUAAUUAAUUCAUUAGAGUGUGAAUUCUUAAGUUUUUGAGAAUUAAAGCAUAUUCGAAAGUGUAGGAAAAUUCCCUAAUUUAUAAAAAGCUUAAAUUUUGACAAGAAUAAGAGACAAUAUAGGUCUAAAUUACAAAUACCUAUAUUAAAUUUAAAUUGAUAAUUUUAAAGAAUGCUCAAAAAUAUUUAAAUUAUAAUGA